AUGGGGAAGGAUUAUUACAAAGCACUGGGCAUCUCCAAAGGGGCGAGUGAGGACGACGUGAAGAAGGCGUACAGAAAGCAGGCGCUGAAAUGGCACCCGGAUAAAAACAAGUCUCCGGCGGCAGAGGAGAGGUUCAAAGAAAUCGCCGAGGCGUACGACGUUCUGAGUGACCCCAAGAAACGAGAAAUAUACGAUCAAUAUGGAGAGGAAGGUCUCAAAGGCGGUAACGGCCCGAGCGGCGAUGGUGGCCCCGGCUCCACCUUCACCUACACCUUCCACGGCGACCCUCACGCCACCUUCGCCACCUUCUUUGGCGGCUCCAACCCCUUCGAGAUGUUCUUCGGCCGCAAACCCAACAACAACGGCCGCGACGAGGAGGACAUGGAUGUGGACGGCAGCUUCCCCGCCUUCAACAUGAACGGCUUCCCUCGCGACGGAAGGAGCCGGAAGCAGGACCCGCCCAUCGUCCACGAGCUGCGGGUGACGCUGGAGGAGGUGUUCCACGGCUGCACCAAGAGGAUGAAGAUCUCCAGGAAGCGAGUGAACCCGGACGGGAGGACGGUGCGGACGGAGGACAAGAUUCUCACCAUCGAGAUCAAGCGCGGCUGGAAGGAAGGGACUAAGAUCACAUUCCCGAGAGAAGGGGACGAGUCGGCCAGCACCAUCCCGGCAGAUAUUGUGUUCGUGAUCAAGGACAAGCCGCAUCCACAGUUCAGGCGCGAGGGAUCCAACAUCGUCUACCCGGUCAAAGUCAGCUUGAGACAGUCUCUCUGCGGCUGCUCCGUCACCGUCUCCACCAUCGACGGGAAAAGCUGCAACAUGAAAAUCACCGACGUGAUCAAACCGGGCAUGAGGCGGACGGUGGCGGGACAGGGCCUGCCGCUGCCCAAGACCCCGGAGCAGAGAGGAGAUCUGGUGGUGGAGUUCGACGUCAACUUCCCCGAAAACCUGCCCAGCAACGCCAAGGAUGUGUUAAAACGCCACUUACCCACAUAG